AGUGGUGGCCGGAGCACGGAGCUGUUUCGUUUCCGCUCGCAGGCAGGCACAGCGCCAAGCGGCGACCGAGAGUCCGAGACCCAUUCCCAUCCACGCGACCACGCUGCCGUUCUCUCCCCUUCCUCCCCGUCGCUUCCAUUCCCGUCCCUCACAAUCUCACCCCCGCCAGCCGAGCCCCAACCCUAACGAAAUUUACACCUGCUUCGUCGGCGUGAGCGGUCUUAGGCGCCGGGCGUCGCUGCGGUCCAGCGGUGUCGGAUCCGGGUCCCGCGCCGUUAGGUCGAGGUUUCUUCGGCGACGGUGCAGCCGCUGGAUGUUAGUCUGGCAGAUCGGGGCCGAGGUAAUUUCCACGAACUUAGGGGGCACCUUUUCGCGUUGGUGCUCAAAAUGGAGAAUUUCGGUGCCGUUCGGGCAGGUAGCUCCUGAUGAAUUGUGAGUUUUAAUAGGUGCUACCUUCUCAUCUGUUAUCCUAGUGAUCUGUAAUCUUUGCAUAUGAUUCAAGUGUGAUGUAGUAUUGGUUUUACCUGAUAUUGUGUUAGUUCCUGCCACAAAUUCGUCAGGUAGAUUUAAUUUACCAUCGGCUCUUUCGUGAUUUAUCAGUUAAAUAUCGAAACAUUUAGUUACUUAUCGACGGGGGAAAAAUUACACGGAGAAUAAUUGUUGCUUGAAGGCAAUAUAAUCAUGACCUGUCGAAUUGCGCAUCGUAUUGUAUUCUGGCUUUGCUUUAAUUGGAUACCGAUCAAUAAAAUACUAUACAGGCUAGUUUGGGAACCCCAUUUUCCCAGAGAUUUCCAUUUUCCCAAGGGAAAUUAGUUCAUUUUUCCUUGGGAAAAUAGAAAUCGCUUAGAAAAUGGAAUUCUCAAACUAGCUCUACUUGUUCCAUCCUGCCAUGGUUUUGCACAGUGCUUAUUCGGCAGUAAGAAUAGUUGCGAUAUGCUAUUUUGUUGUUUGGGGUGAAGGAUCUGGCCUUUGAGUGAACUUUGGUUUUGGAAUAUCUUGUUGCUGGUCUACCUAACAGUUGCUUUCUUCCUCCACACAUUUUCAUCCGACUGUAGUUAGCCAGCUUCCCUAACUUUGUGCCUUCAAUUAUAAACAAACAUCUACUUUUGAUUAUUUUUAGCUUUCUUAUUGUGAAUAAGUGAAGUGGUUGCUUUAUAGAUGUUGGGGGCUGUUUGGUUUGUGGCUAAACCUGCCACACUUUGCCUAAGGUUAGUCGUUCGAAUUGAAUAACUAACCUUAGGCAUAAAAGUUAGGCAAAGUGUGGCAAGUUAGUCAUCAAACCAAACAGACCCUUGAUGUUCCCACCUCUUAAGUAUUUAGGGAUGUAUGAGAAAUGCAAAUGUACUAAAAACAUGGUACUAGUGUUCUUCCAUUUGCUACAACAUUUGUUUUCUCCAUACACUUCUGCCUACCCAAAUAAAUUCAAAUACAGCAGAAACACGUAGUAUUUUGUUUUUUUAUAUCCUAAAUUCCUAAUUUGGACUUAUGGCCCCCUAUCUGAUCAUUCUUGUCUUGUUGGACUCAUUAGUUUAUCUUUCUCCUUUUGUGACUUCGUCACGUUCCAUUGCCUCUCUCCAGUCCCUUCAGUAGUCCAACCCCUGCAAUAUGCUGCCCAAUUCGUUGUGGAUUGCAUUUGUAGUACUCCCUGCAUUCUAAAUUAUAGGACGUCUUGGCUUUUCUAGAUACAUAGCUUUUAUUAUUUAUCUAGACAUAGUGUAUCUAGAAAAACGAAGAUGUCUUAUAAUUUGGAACCUAGGGAAUAGAUUCCUAAAGGCUACAAGAUUAUCAUGUGCAUUUCUAUUCGACAAAUAAUAAUAAUUCCAAUCAUACUGGUUCUUUUGAUGAUCUUGUUGUGGAUGCCCCUUAGCUUCCUCUUUGGGGGUGUUUUCUUCUGUCUAUGUGGUACCCCUAGCUCCCUCUGUAGGCUUAGAGUGCACAUGUCUAUACUACAUACUAUCGUGUUUAACUUUAUACUAAGUUUUUGCUCAUUUCUUUAUUGAAGACGACCUUAUUAUUGUUAUUGUAUCCCUGUACAGCUAGGCAGUGUUGGGUUGUAAAAUUUGUAUCGCGUGAAUGAACUCAGAGCAUCUCAAUGUUAAAACUGUAAAAGGGGCAGACCUGGUGCCAGAGGCUCCCACAUGAGUGGGUUCUAGGGAAGGGAUAAUCCGAAGCAAGCCUCCCCCCUGCAAAUGCAGAGAUGUGGCUUUGAACCCGUGACCUGGUGACUCAGUGAGACACCUCUCACCACUGCAACGGGCGUGUCCUUCCUCAGCGUUAAAACUGAGCAUAUUAAUUCCCCUGCUUAAGCAAUAUGGGAGCUAAUUGCUGCGUUGCUGCAAAGGAGAGGACACAGCCGUGCAUCACUCCUAUAGAAGUAUCGACAUACAGGAAUGUGAGGCGCUCGCCAUCAUGGAACAUUCGAUGGGACAAUCGCACACAUAUAGAAGACAUAAUGGAUAUUCCUACUCUGUUCUCCAACCAUAGUAGUGGAAGCAUUCAUCCUGAUACAAAGAGUGGUUCCAUUGCUCCAACUGAAGGGUUCUCUAAUGGAAAUAGCCUUGGAACUAGCCCUUCCAAUGUGUUCCAUGGAGCAAAGUGGCACAAAUCUGAUAAAAAAAUGGAAGCACGCAAGGUUACAAAGUCUGAUUCUCGAGCUGAUCGCUCCACAGCAAGUAACUCUUCUCCUGAGACAAAGCUUUCCAGGAAAUCACUGGACAUAUCAAGUGUUGCUUCAGAUUUGAAGACUUCAGUGUCUGUUCCUUCAACGCCACCCUUAGUAUCCAGAGCAGAUCCGUCAUCCUCCAAGGGGCAUUCUCAACCUACAGAUUCAGAUUUGAUGAAGAAAGCAUGGCGGUCACCAGGGUAUCAAUUAUACAGACAGGUUUCGGACAGUAAAAUUCCAUCUCUCAGAUCUCUCAAUGAGAUAAGGUCUCCUGAAGGAAGGCCUCCCUCUUCCAUGUUAUCAGCCUGCAGCAACGACUUGUCAGCAGCAGGAUCCUAUGGUGAGUCAUCCGAUGGUUGGUCAAUGCGCACAUUUUCUGAAAUGGUCUCAACAUCCCAAAGAGAGAGGUGGUCACUUGACAGUGAGCUCUUGGGAUCCAUUUCUAGUAAAAUGACAAGAUCAAGUGCUUCGAGUUCUACUACACGCCCCCCUGACCAAGACGUGUGCAAGCUGUGUUUAAAGCUGCUAAAGGAGAGAUCGACAUGGAACGCGCAGGAGCUGGCUGUUGUUGCUGUUUUGUUGUGUGGACAUGCAUACCAUGCUGACUGUCUGGACAGCAUAACUACAGAAGCUGACAAAUAUGAUCCUCCAUGCCCUGUGUGCACGCACGGUGAGAAAUUUUCAGUGAAGCUAUUUGGGAAGCUGGAAUCAAAGAUCAAGAACAAGAUACCAAAAAAUGUGUCAGUUGAUAUUAAUCUAGAUGGGAAUAGUAGUAAUAAGCACCAGAAGAAAGGUAGAAGAGAGCCCAGGUUAGGUACAAGUUCAAGCAUGAAGGUCCCAUUUAGUCGUCCAUUUUUGAGGAGACAUUUCUCCAUUGGAUCUCGACCACCUCGGUCGGUCUCAGAAACUGAUUCCACAAGAAAGAAGGGAUUCUGGGCAAGACACUGGGAGAGAGUAGAAUAGAAUCCAAUUGUCGUUAGGUGGGUUGGUCUCAAUUAUUAUGUUUUGGAAGGAUCUUUAAGAAGAGGUGAACUCCUCAGCAUGCAAGCUAGUGGAGGUGAACUCCCCAGUAUACAAGGGCUGCCGAGCAACCAACAUAUUUGGAAGUUUCUCUCAGCCAUCGUAUUCUGAUACUGGUGCAGAGCGCACAACAAGGUUUCUUAUACCAUGCGAGGCAGGGUCGUUGUAGGCCCCGCUUGCAUCUAAGUAAUAGUAGUAUCGAUCUAACAGAAACGGUGUGGCCUUCCUGGAUUUAAGGCCCAAUGCUGGGUUAUAAGAUUACACAACCAGCAUGCUAGAUUAUUUACUGUACCCGCAGUUUUUUUAAUUAUUGGCUAAGGUAUUUGUUGGUGGUUGAUGGAAUGCGUUUAAUUUGAAGGCUUUAGUGGUACUGUAGAACUUUUCAAUCAGAUUGGCUGAACUGAUCAUCCUUGCGUUCACAUAUACUAAAUAUAGACGCACUUAUAGGGUGUUUGGUUUGA